AAUACGUUUCAAAACGAAUUUAAUGUUUUUAACAUAUUGCGUCGAAAUCUAGUUAAGCAAGGAUGGCUACAAAACCUGUGUUGAUCUGUUUAUGCCUUUUUCUCAUUUUACUGUUGCAUUUUGCUCUCUGUCAGGAACCUGGAAUAUGUACGUCAAGGUUUGAUUACGAUUAUAAAAUACUUAAAAAGCUUCACGACUUAGAGCUGGAAAUCGAAGCCGUCAAACAAACAUUACAUGACAGAGUCGCAUUUAUGGCAGAACUAUCCCACGAUUUGACGUCAUUCACCAAAGGAGCAACGGUAGUUUUUGACCACACCAUUCUCAACAACGGCAGUCGUUACAACCCUAGCAACGGCGUUUUUGUUGCAAAAGCUCCUGGUCUCUACGUAUUCCACCUCGUUGCCACGUCGAGGCCCGGGAGCGGCAAUAAUAUUAACCUUCACGUCAUGAAGAACAAUGAACAGGUGAAUUACCUGUUUCUAGAGAACAACGUAGAUUUCCAUCACCAUCGUUCCGUCCCGACUGUCCUUGAGAUCGCCGCAGGGGAUCAAGUCAAGGUCAUCGUCCAUGGAAGUGGUGGAACCCCUACUCUUGUGGGAUGUUGCUUCCAUACACACUUUAGUGGAUAUUCGCUAAAUCUCGCAUAAACAGGUUAUGCUCAUUCGAAACCACUGACAGGCGAAAUUUACUUAUAUGGGAAUCAUUUUCGCAUUGACCGGCAUGAAAACUCUGCGCAUAUCAAGUAUUCUUUGAGAACUAAUAUUAUCAAAAAAAACGAAUGUUUUGAACAGGUUUGCGAGUAACAGUAAGGUGAUGCAUGACUGAACAAUGGAUAUGGAAUAUACGCGGGAAAUAAGAGAGCAUAACUAUACCUUGUCGAUUGUAAUUAAAACAGUGCUUUAAUUUAAUAAUUUGCUUGUCAUUCAACCGGAUUUUGGCAUUUAUGGUUGCAUUGAUUUAUUCAAAACCCAUAAAUGUUGCAUUUUGUUUUUGUUUAAAGUUAUACGAAGAAAAUAAUAAUAGCUCAUUUCAAUUGUUGUAUAUCGCCAUCUGUAAGAAAUUGUUUAAAAUUUAUAUAAAAUUUCAGAUAAAAAACUGACGGGCGAUGCUUCAUACUGGCCAAUGAUUUGUUAUUUGUUAUAUAUUAUCAUUUGGCUUAUUGUUUCCAGUCAUUUUACCAGCGUUGUAAAACCUGCAAGGCUUUUAAUCAAAAUUUGAGAUGAAUAAUCAUCAAAACACUGAGGAUCUAUUUGACGUUAAUUGUGAUCUAAAAUUUAAUGCGCUUAAUGAAGUCAGUAUACAACGACCCAUGUGCCCUUGGUGAAAUCUAAAAACAAAUGCAAUUUCUAAGUCAUUUUUUUCCACAAAUUGAUAUUUUAGUUAUGAAAGAAAAAUAACUAUCAAUCAUGCUUUUUCUGGUCCGGAUAGAAAACUAGCCAGAUUUGGACGCUGUCCCACCAUACCAGUACAUAUUUCAAGUUUUAAUUUAUCGAUCAGCCAUGUUGGUGGCCCGCAGCUACCCGAUCUGUCUUGAAAGCUUCCUCUGACUUCCUGAAUGCGCCACGAACACAAAAGUGAUGCGUCAAACUCAAAGCAAUGCUUACAAAAUAUUCGGAUACGUGUUAACACCGAACUCGACGUGAUACAGGUCACCAGAAAAGCGUCCUAUCAUAAUAAUCCCUAUAUAUCACCUGUGUAAUAAUGAAAAUGCGUGUUAGUUAUAUAAAACAGGAAACCAGGAAAAGGAUGUGAUUAAAGGGGUUAUGCGAGUAUAACAAGGCCUAUCCCGUUAAAUGCCAAUUCAUCUGAAAGGAACGGUAAGAUACACGGGUUUAAAUAAAAAGAAUGGGUAUUAUUUAGUAAAUUAAUUUUUUAAGGCGUGCAGAUUUCUUAAGUUUUUUUUAAUGCCAACGUCUAUUUGAUAGCAAUGAGUCCCACCGGGAGUAGGGGGUGGUAUAUAUAAAGGAUCUGACACUAGUUGUCAUUUAAUAUAAGAUUUUAUUAAACGAGUUCAUGAAAUUUGUUAGUAAGCGAGCCUCUGGCGAGCUUACUAACAACUUUCAUGGACGAGUUUAAUAAAAUUCUUGAAUUAAAUGACAACGGGUGUCAGAUCUGUUUUAUCACAUGCUUAAACGGUGUUUUUAUUACCAAUUAAGUUCCACUUUCUGAACCGAUUGUUUGACAGCCAAAGUACUCAAAUUAGAAUGUCAACGAUGCGCCAUAUAAAUAGUUCCAAAUUAAAAUGACAAAAGUAACUAGCAGUUAUCAAGUUUUAAAAUCUGAUAAAGCGCUUAACAAGUCACAAAUAUAAAAAUGUGUAGUAAAAUAUCCAACAACAUGAAUAACGAACGAUAUUAACCAAAAAACCCCAAUAAGUACACAAUUUGGUGACGUCACACUCAGAGUACAUGCAUUUACGCGGUUUAUGUGACCUACAUCGGUCUGUCAAGUUUUACUGUGUGCACGGAUUUAAAAGUUAUUCGCUGUCGCUUUCUACGAUGAUUUUGCAGCGAUUUCUUGGUGUACAUGAUGUUUCACAACAUGCAGAUGAUAACGGCGAAGCCUUACUCUGUACUGCAUGGAUGUUGAUGUUGAAAAAAAUAAUUUCCACCAGGAAUGUUUCCAGAGAACAUGAUGUUCUAGCCGCCAUGGGAUGUGUCAUGAGAUGUCUGUGCUGCGGAAUUCGUAUUUGUGUUUUCGGUAACCGACAGCUAAUUAAAUCGGCAAGCAAAUGGCAUUGAUUGCUUAUUGCUUGUGUUGGUCAAGAUGGAGAUGUUUGAACUGUCCUGUUUGUUACCAUUGUGGCUGUAUUUGUUGACUGACUGGAUAUUUCUGUGACUAGUAAUCUGCAUUAUCUGGUUGGCGGAACAUUCGUUAUCAGAAAGAUUUUGUACAAGAUGCUUUCUGGCACUAUGAUUCGUUAGCCAUUUCUCUCCCGGAAGUCUUACAGCUUCAUUAUUACGGUAAGUAUUUGUUGGCAUUUAAACCAUUUUGUUUACAAACAAUGCGGAGGGAUAUCUAGGUUGCGUGUGAUUAGUCUGAUCAAUAGAAAUGUCUGAUAGGUUAUCUUACACAUGUGUAAGAUAAAAUAUUCGUAAUGGGUAUAUUACACGGAAAACAAAGGUAAGCAUGUGAUAAAUAAUAUCUUUGCGUUCUGGUACCAUAUAGUAUUUGUGUUAUGUUUUACUCUUUACGUUUAUAAACAAACGACAUUGAUACUUUAUGCGGGGCUAACCCUUACCUCAGGGGCACGAUUUGAACAAACGUGUACCUGGUAGGUUAAAACCAAAGGAGAAAGAAUGACAAAAUGCGAAUAUUUUAAUGAUGUUAUCUUUCAGAUUGGUAAGAUAAAGCAUAUAGACUAGCCUACUAAGCGCACAUUUAUGUUAGCGGAAUGUUUGUAUUAAAGGAGUCAUUUUAGCUGAUGGCGAGUUUAUUUUGAAUCUAAGAAAUGAAAACAAACGGUUUGAAAUUUGCCAUUGAACAUUUCUUAUAAAAAUAUAAUGUCUUGUCAAUACAAAUAGAUAUCUAUUACACUAAAUAUUAAUUGAUACUUAACCUUGAAACGUAUUUGUCUCCAUAUUGAAUUUCAGUGUCGUUAUGAUAUGUAUAAAUUGACUAUAUCUGUAGUAUGAUUGACAUUACCAAAUAUAUGAUUACCUUCACUUGUGUAACAUGCAAAUCUGAUACUACUAUCACUCUGUAUAACAUUGUACUUGUAUGUUUUCACGAAAAGUUAUAUCGCCAGACAGAGCCCCUGGUGUUUUAUACCGCGGUCUAAACAACGUUAUUGACACGGUGUGAUUAUGCCCCAUUUUGUAGACGGGAUGAAACAACAGUGGCCCUGCUAAGCUUUUAUACAUGUACAUGUAUAUAUGAUUAUUGUUUUUCGUACUAUUAAUCAGUUAUUUCGAAUUCCUGUACCCGAUUACCAAUAUUUUAACAUGCGUUUUUUAUAUCCUAUUUAUGUUGUUGCAUACAUUGUAACCUGAAUUAGUAAAUAAAACGAGUUUUAUAAUCCAGCUAGCCUAUAACGAGAUCUGAAUAUCUGAAGAAAAAGAUGCAUGAAGCUUUGUUCUAACAUAUAUUUAUUCACUCAACCUGUAAGACAUAGACACUCCGAUGUAAAUUUUAAGGUUACGUAACACCUGUAACAUAUCAGUGCAGCAGUCGCUUCGUCUAGCAAUCCAGAG